UUGCCCAGUAAAGUGCUGUCACAGUGCCAGCACCUGGGGAGAGGGGCUGUUACCAACUUUCUGUCUGCUAUGCUGAUCCCAUUCACUUCUCAUUUGCUCAGAAGCUGGAACUGAGUGCUCAAAAUCGGACUCAGCAAGAAGCUUCAGGUGGAUAUGAUUCAGAUGAGCGGGCUUAAAAUAAGCACCACUCUCCAGGCUGACACGUGGCAGCACUUACAAUGAGUUGAAAAUAAAAUUGCACAUACUGUGCUGCUUAGAAGAACGUCCCCCAAUUGCUGCGUGUAUACCAGCUGCAUGCAACAGCCGAAUGCUUCACAGUUCCAGCUCCCCCGUGGGGGUACAUCUGCCAGAUGUAAGUAUUAAUGAAAGUGAACUGUGACAGAAAGAUGAAGCUUCAUUAAGGACUGUUAUUACCCAGUUUCAGGUGCUAACGGGGCAGCUGCUCAGGGUGGGAUGCUGUCACUUGUGUACAUCAAUGAGGGUGCUCGAAGGAAGUGAGGUCUUCAGGAAGCAAUGAACACGCUGCUACCCAAUGUCUUAGGGAGCAAACCCUACACAGGGACCAAGUGCAGGGUCCCCAGGAGGAUGUAUGGGAAGGGGAGGAGCUGGGGCACAGCCUCACAGCGUGAUGUCCUCAUUCAGUGCAUUGCCAGCUCCAUUCCCCAGUGCUUUCCCCUCUCCCCCAGACCUGCACACAUCCCACGCACUGAUGGUCCCAAUGCCACGGAGACAUCACGGUCAGAGGAACCAGGAAAAGCUGCAGCUCUUGUCCUCCUGUGGGAUAUGGGAGAUUUCACAAACUUUCCCAUCUGACACGUUGUUCAAAUGCUCUGCAGCUGUCAGAGCGCUAUUGUUCAGGCUCAGAUUGUGCUGGAGUUUGAGGUGUGUUUUUUUUAAUCUUUUUUGAUGUCUCAAACAUUGCAGAGCUUCAGAGUGGGAGAGGGGACUGCAGCUCCGCAUUGAUCGCUGCCUCCCAGCCAGGUCUCUGUCUGUUCCUGCAGCAUAGCCCCAUCUCCUCACUCUACAUCAAACUCCCUCUGCUCUGACACAGUGCCCCUGCCCUCACCCCUUGCUCCAGCUGGAGUUAGUACUAGCCCAAGAGGAACAUACUUGCACCUUGGUCCAAUAGCAGAAGGUUUGUUAAUCCUCCCAUAUCUUUGCAUCCUUUUCUCCCCCGUCAGCAUGCAUGCUGCUGUGUUCCAUGCAAUAGCAGUUGCACAUGAAUGCCAUGGAUGUGAAGCACUGCCCAACAUGACUCCUCCAACACCAGCUUGGAAGAGCACCACAGACCAGGAGAUCUUCUCCCUAAGGCUGUCCUGGGGAAUUCACGUCUCCAUUUAAAUUCACCAGUAGCAGAACCUUGCCCAAGGACACCAGCCUUGAUAAAACACUGCUAACUAAAAUACACAGCUCACACUUUCUUUUUCCCAUGUGUAAUACCAUAAUGGCUGCUGCAGAAGCCAAAAUAAAGACUGCCUAACUGGUAUCAGGUGCUGGUAUUUCUGCCUUCCCUACACCUGCAAACCUCAUCAGCACUCAUUCCUGGGAAAGGCCAAAGUGCCCUAAGCAGCCCAGGAGGCUGGAGGGAGUUAAUGAGAAUUGGUAGCACUGGGGUAGGGACAGGUAGAUUUAUGGGGAUCACAGAGGUCAAUGGGCUUAUUUGUUCUCUCCUCAUCUGUUCCCACCUGUGUCAUUAUCCAGGAAAGGAUUACAGGCAGGACAGCCUGCGCCUUCAUCUCACCACAGCUUUGCUUUUCAUAUCUGAGUAAUAAUUGCUCUGGGCAGAGACCUCACUUGGAUUCCAGCAAAAAUUGAAAGAACAUCUAUCUAGAUAGAUGGAUAUCUGUCUGUUUAGACAGAUACAGAUCUGUGUUUGUGGGCCAGGACACAACAGUUGCCAACAUUGUGCGUGUGCCUGUUCCUGUAUGGGAGGUAUGUGUCCCUUUAUUACUUCAGGGUAUCCUCUCAGCGCUCCCUGUAAAGAGGUUCUGAAUGGAAGCCAGCUUGUUUCGUGUCCAUGAGUCAUUUCCAUCCCUUUGUUUAACGCCUGGCUCUGCUCCGCUCUGGUAGUUGCUCCUUGUCAAAAGUGUCAUCUCAGAGCUCCAAGUCAAGUCAUUAAGUUAUAUAUGCCAACAUAAUCAGGUUUUGGAGAGGGAACAGAGCUCAGCUAGACACAGCCGCUGGGGCAGGAGGCACUACUGACACAGCUGAAUGGUGGUGAGAUCAUUUUCUCCCUAAAACAGCAUCUGGAGGGGUUCAGGUUUAUAGCAAGUGAACAUUCCAGAUGCGCUAUGUACCAGGUGGAGAAACUGGAAGCCCAGGCCCAACCUGGAUGAAAGAGUGUUCUCAAAGACUUCAGGAUGCUUUGGGUCCAGAAAUUAAGGGCUGAAAUGCUUGACUAGAGAAGGAACCUUUUAGCUGAUUUCAGAGAAAUUCCACACCCUGCACUGUCCGUGUGAACCUUUCCACUGACUUUGAAGUCAGCUUUUCCCCAAGGCACGCGGAUUAACAAACACUGUGACUGAGUCCCAUUUCCUCCUUUCCAAACGAAAUCCAACAUCAGCGAUUGAGAAAGAAGAACCUGCAUUGUAAUAAAUCCCCACAGUCACGGUCAUCACCGCUUUUGUUAUGAAAGCGCAUCUUUUGCUGCGGUUUGUUUGUUUUGUUUCAUGAAUUAACUUUGUGUAUUCGCGAGAUUAAAAGCUUAAAUGGGAUCAAUGAAGACUACACAGUGUGCAUCAAAGUAAUUGCGGAUUGUUUUUGCAGACUCCAGAAGAGCAGUAAUAUUGAAGUGCUGAGGGCUUAGGGCAAUAAUUAUGAAUUUUUCAAAUAAAGAGAUGAAAGGAAAUACGGUGUUGGUACGCUGGGCUGAACCCAAUGGUUUGUUGUUUCCAGCACACUGGGACCUCUCUUGGGGCAAAGGUACACCAUGUCUUCUUGAAGGCAGCAAUCCGAUCCUCCAAUCACUUUGAGGCAAAUCAUUUGCUGUCCGUGUACAGGAUGUUAACUAUGUGGAAAAGUAAUAAAGCGGUGUAAGCCUCAGAGAGAAUCACAGGAACGUCCAGCGCUGCCUCCCAUCCUUUCUACCUUGGAGCAAAGCUGUAUGGAAAAUAUAUUAAAAUCAAGAGUUCAGCACUGCUUUCCAGAUGGCAUCAUAUGAUAUGAUAUUUGCUGGCAUUUGCUUAAAACUAGACUCUUCUGAUCCAGAAGGGUAAAGCUUAUAAUAUUCUCAUCUUCCAAAUCCUUGAUUUCAGAUGUUUGUCGUUCCCAUAAAUUACCACGUACAGCCAAUAGAAAGCAGUUAUUUUCUACACAGUGGAAAUAAGAGAGAUUUGUGGAUGUGGUAUUACAUAGUGCGAGCUAUUUUAAUAUGCUGAAUGUAUAGCAAAGCUGAAUUUAAUAUUCUCAGAAUAAAUCACACCCAAUUUCAAGGCAGAAUUCCUUCCCUUCUCCGUUCUGUUCAAUUCAGAAAACCCCACAUAUUUGGCAUGACCUUCUUUCAACGCACCCAACACAUAAACCUUUGUAUUUAAAACCUCUUCCAUACAGUCUGACACAGUUCAGCCAGAGUUCUUAUUAAUUGGGAAGGUGAUGGCUGAAGAGGACCAGUGGCUGGAUGGGACGAUGCUGUGGUGAGCACCAGGCAGGGACUGUGGAUGAGGAAGCCACACUGGUUGUCUUACCUAUGUUUCCAACACAGCCAUCUGACACUGAGAUGAGUUGGCACCAACUCAACCAAAGAGAUCCGUUUGAGAUUGCAGCUAAUGACAUGCAGCCAUCACAGAAGCACUCACAAACGCACUAAAUAGUUGGACUAAGUGGGACUACUUUGAAGAGAAGUUGUCUGCGCACGUAGCAGGAAUGGGAAAAGUCGUGUUUCAUCAACUUGUGUGGUGUCUGAAAGAGGUGACAUAGUUGGCAGUAAGAAGAGUGUGUUGCAACGUUUCUCAAUUGCAAAGAAAACACUGAGCCAUGCUUUUCUGGACAGAUCCUCAUCUGGUGUAAAUCAGCGAAGCUUCACCAAUGUCAAGUUGCUCCUGGAUGCUGUUGUCAGGUCUUCCAGAGUCAACACUAUGGAAGCCCAUAGUUGCACAUAUUAAAGUAAUCAGGAAGAUUUUCAUUACUGACUGCGCAAGUGAAAUGAAGACCGACAUAAUGGAAACGUGUUCAAAAAAUUUUACUGACAAAGAUUUUAAAUAAAAAUGCUUUUUUUCUCUUGUGUACGACUGUUGUCUAACAGAUGCCAUUAAUACAAUGGAAGGAUUGUAGUGGAGGGGAGAGGAAAUGUAUUUCCCAAUUCCUACUGGAAAUUACGUCUCCACUUAAUUCCUCCAAGCAGCUUAGAUUCAAAUAACUCUUAUUUCUUCCCGCUGGCCGUUUCCCAUGGCUGCACAUCCCUUCUGCAUUGGCACUGUCGUUUCACAGCUGUCACACAUUCCCAUGAACAACAGAUCAUCACUGGCCCUGUACAAGGCAUACUGGGGGACCUGCAGGUAUGGAUUAAAGGUAAAAAGGACAUUUUCAAUUUGCAGAUUAUUUGCUGGCAUUGUGAGUAGAUUUACUAUCUUUGUAAAGAUGGGAAUUUGCUCUUCUUUAUCUGUGUGGUCACCUCUUUCACUUGGUCUUGAAUGCAGCUGCACAACAUGUGUAUAUGGAUCCCAACCAGCACGGCAGAACAUGGGUUCUUCAAGAGAAUUAGGGAUCAUCUCAUCAUUCUGUGCCCAGCAUGAGGAAUUGUGUGUUACUGGGAGGGCUCACUCUGACCGAGAGGUACUGGGAGUUCCUCUACUCUGGGCCUGGAAGGGAGCAAGUUCUCAAGCAAACCUCCAUCCUUUACUGUUAACCACAGAAAAACAUGGUUCUGAACUUCACCCUCUUCCUUCAUCAUGUUUUCUAGAGCAAGUUUUUCCCAAGUCAGACAUUUCCCUGCUGCUUUCUGCUGUCAUUACAGAGUCCAGCUUCUCAUUUACUGUUUUAUUCAAAGGGAGAAGUAUAUUUAUUCCAUAUUCAUACAGAUGUUCAUGUGGCUAUAGCCAGUCUCUGCCUUUUGCUGACAAGCUUGCUGCUUUGUUCUCAGGACACCAAGCAGCUGGCAUCAGAAUACCAAGUGUUUUUGUCUUCUACCCAUCUUCCCUCUUCAUUCUCCAAAUUUUCUGUCCUGGUGGGAAACUUGUCACACAUUGCUGGGCCGAUGCAGAGCUCUGCUUCUGUUCUGUAGUAAGGGAAGUAUCCACUGGAAGAAAAGGGCCGGUUCAGGCCUGGCGGUGUGGUGGGGAGGGAGAAGGAUGGAAGGCAGCCUUCCAAGGUGCUGCCUCCUGGGAGCUGCUGGGAUGUUGGCUCUACAUUGGCCAUGGAAGAACACAGCUUCCUCUCUGUCCCCAGAGCUGGGUGGGCGGUCUGUAACAAACAUAUACAGGAGCUGAGGUAUGGGUACAUGGAAGAGUGAGGCUGACACAUGGGAAUGAUCGUUAGAAUUAUGUGUCAUUCAAGGAGGGAUGGAUGCCACCUGUGAAUGCCUGGGAGUGCUGCCCAAUAGAUACCUACAGUCACGGGGAGAAAUUUCCCUUGUAAUUUACCUUCUCAGCAUCUCCACCAAGCUCCACACAUCCACCUUCUCCUUCAUCUUUGUUUUCAGGCUUCUCUCCUUCUUCAUUUAAGUCAUAUAAGAGAGGUUCGACAAAGUACUCCUCAUUUGAUCUGUAAUAUGGAAAAUAUCCUGUGGAGAUGGCUGAAUAGUUCACAUUCUCCUCCUUCUCAGAAUAAACCUCGCUGCCAUCAAAGCUUUCUUCUGUUUCUGGGUUGAUC